UCUGUUCAUUGAAUCCCCUUCCCGCACACUCAGUCUCUGCACAGACUUCACAGGUAAAGAAGAUUUCAUUUCUUUUUUCCUAAAAUGGAUUCCCUCCCAACAUUUCCCAUCCAAUUCCAUUCCACAAAAAUUAUUUGCCCUUUUUAGCACUCAAAGAAUCUAUUCAUAUCUCUCACAUGCACACAUAUUGCAAAUAGGGCUAUAAUAUAUAAUCAUCUCUUUACUGUCAUUUCUCUUUAGGCCUUAGGGUUUCCCUCUGGUUCUCUCCUCCCUUCUCCUCUCCUCUCACAUCAAAUAAAUUGAACAACACCGAUCAACUUUUUGUUUAUCCUUUUCCCCUCCACAACCCCAACAAGAUUUUGAUUCCUGUCUAGAAAAAAAAACUCUCUUUUAUCCUUGUAGCAUCUUUCAUUUCACUAUUUAUUUUACCCACUUCUUGCAUCUCCCCCACCAACAACACACCCAAAAAAAUAAUAAUCAAGAACCAUGAAGGUUCACCCAUUACCCAAGAAAAGAAACAUUACCAUCCAAUUCUACCCAUUAACAUCUUCUGCAGGUGGGUUCCAAAACAAGAAACUUAGGAGGCUACCCCACAUAUUCAGCCGGAUCUUGGAACUGCCCUUCCGGUCAGAUGCUGAUGUGUCGAUCGAGGAAAAUCCCGAUUGUUUCCGAUUUGUAGCUGAAACUGAUGAUAACAUUGGUGAUAUGAGGGCCCACACAGUUGAAAUCCAUCCUGGAGUCAUUAAAAUUGUGAUUAGGCCAAAUGGGUAUCUUGAAUUAUCGCCACUUGACGAUUUAGAGUUGGAUAUGUGGAGAUUCCGUUUACCGGAAACCACCAGGCCGGAGCUCGCGAGUGCGGUUCUUGCUGACGGAGAGUUGAUUGUGACGGUGCCAAAAGGAGAGGGGGAGGGGGGGGAAGGGAAUGGUAAUAAUAACAACGGGGAGUUUAGAGGAGGUAUGGGAAAUAACAAUAAUAAUGCUAGGCUUGUGCUUGUACAGUGAUAUGGUAAUGAUAAAAUUUACUGCUCUCUAGCUGUCUUUUUUUUUUUUUUAAUUUAAAUGAAUGAUGUUGUGGGAGUUAGUUUUUUUUUUCUUUUUUGUCUUGUAAGGUUGGUGAUUGGGAACAGGAUAUGUAUGCUCACUCUUGUUAUUGACGAUCAAUGAAUCAAGGUUUCUCCUUUUUCUGGUCA